UAAUUAAAUAAACCGUUGAUAUUACACUGAGUUUUGCUAAUAUAUAGCACUGGCGCCAAUAAAAAUAGAAAAUAGGAAGAUGACAAAAAUAGAUUUAUAGAAUUUAACAUUUUCUUUUAAUCGAAGAAGAUAAGAUGCAGAACCCCAACAUAAAGAUGGCAAUCAAUGGCAGCUUCAACAUAGCCCCAAACAGGGCCCCCGCAGUCGCGCUCAAUCCACCCACCACUCCCCUGCAUUAUUCAUCAAAACUAUUCAAUUCUCACAACAAACCCACACAAAACACCAUUCAUUUCCAAAUUAGCCUCUACACACACACACAUUCUGUAUGUUUCUGCAUUCAUUCAUGAGAUUAUGCAUUGCCAUUUCUAGAGAGAGAAGGAAUACCAAACCUAGCAUUGUUGUGUUGGUGAUUGAUUGAUGGGAGCGGAGGCGACGUAUUCCGCCCAGAAGCGGAGCUCCACAAUUCUGCCCCAAACGACGGCCGCCGCCGCCAACGGUGCCGCCCGCGGCCACCUCCCCAAGGGUCGGCAGGCCGACCGCACAUUCAACAACAUCAAGAUAACAAUCCUCUGCGGAUUCGUCACCAUCCUCGUCCUCCGCGGCACAAUCGGCCUCAACAACCUCGUCUCCUUCGAGGCCGAAGCAGAGAGCCAAUACCUAAUCGAGGAAACCAGGCGAAUCGUCGCCGCCAUCCGCUCCGACGACGAUCCGCUCGAUUCCGAUUCCGAUUCCGAUUCCAAUUCCGAUGCGUCCGAAAAAACCCCCAAUUCCAACUCAUCCUCCAUUUUGGGCCCUAAAAUCACGAAUUGGGACGAAGACAAGAAGCUAUGGCGCCGCCGGAACCCCCAAUUCCCGUACUACAUCAACGGCCGACCCAAAACCUACCUCGUCACGGGCUCGCCGCCGAGGCCGUGCGAGAACGCCAUCGGCGACCAUUACCUGCUCAAGUUCCUGAAGAACAAGAUCGACUACUGCAGGAUCCACGGGAUCGAGAUCGUGUACAACAUGGCGCAUUUGGAUAAGGAGAUGGCGGGGAGCUGGUCGAAGCUGCCGCUGAUGCGGCGGCUGAUGGUGGCGCACCCGGAGGCAGAGUGGAUAUGGUGGAUGGACAGCGACGCUCUUUUUACGGACAUGGUGUUCGAGAUACCUUUCCAUAGGUAUCGGGGUUCGAAUCUCGUAAUACACGGCUACCCCGACAUGCUCUUUAAAGAGAAGUCGUGGAUAGCCCUCAACACUGGCAGCUUCCUUUUAAGAAACUGCCAGUGGUCAUUGGAGUUAUUGGAUGCCUGGGCCCGGAUGGGGCCCAGUGGCCGCAUCCGGGAAGAGGCCGGGAAGGUUCUGACGAGUAACCUGAAGGGCCGGCCGGCAUUCGAGGCCGACGAUCAAUCCGCGCUAAUAUACCUACUCGUCUCGGAGCAGGAGCGGUGGAUGAAGAUGGUGUCGAUCGAGAGCUCGUACUUCCUCCACGGGUUCUGGGAGGGUUUGGUGGACCGGUACGAGGAGAUGAUGGAGAAGUACCGGCCCGGGUUCGGGGACGAGCGGUGGCCGUUCGUGACGCACUUUGUCGGGUGCCGGACGUGCGCGGCGGCGAGGUGCUUGAGGAGCAUGGAGAGGGCCUACAACUUCGCGGAUAAUCAGGUGUUGAACUUGUACGGUUUUAGACAUCGGGGGUUGGUUAGUCCUAAUAUUAAGAGGAUUAGGAAUGAGAGCAUAACGCCGUUGGUGAAUGUAGAUAAGUUUGGGAUUCGAAAUUCUUUGCGCGGGAGAAGAGGCUGACUUGUUCACCUUCAAACAGAUCUUUUGCCAUGUAUUAAUAAUAGUUUUGUCAUUGGAUUUAAUUUAAUCAGCUUGAUUGUUGUUGUGUACGAGUGGGGAAAUGGCGUUUCUCUUGUUGUGGACUUGUGUGUAUUUUUAUCUCCUACUAUAGGAAGAUUUGUUUUUUGUUUUUUUGGAAAAUUGUAUUAUUAUCGGAGUUUGCAUA